GGAAGAACAAAGAAAAAACUUCACUCCUAAGUCCUAAAAGCCUAACUCUUUAGCUCAACGCAAAGAACACAACCCUUUUUGUUAAAAAAUGGUUGAUACUCAAAAUACCUUUUCUGUUUGCCGACCAGCCGAGCAGAAUCUAGCACCUCAACCUCUGACUCCGUUCUCCGCCGUGACCGUGCGCCGUGCCACAGCCUCACGACCGCGCCGCCUCAUCUCUGCCACAACCCUCGAUAUGAUCCUCGAGGAGGAGACGGAAGAAGAAAAUCUUCCAAGGACUGCCACUGCCAAAGAUUCUCUUGUGGUAUUUCCGACGACCUCUUGUUUCUUGAUGUCCAAGAAACAAGUCUCUUUUCUGUUAUACGGAAGCUGCAAGUGCACUUGAGGAUUUUUCACCACAAAGAAAUUGAAGAAUAAUAAUUGUGUUUUUUGUUUUCUCUCUUCUUGUAGUAGUUAAGACUUAAGAUAGUGAUGUCUGAUGAAGUCAGUUAUCGGUUGAUGCUUUGUUUUUAUAGAAGUUAAUUCAACUUGUUCUUCUUUCA